AUGGCCCAGAGAGGAGUUCAGCAGGAGAAAAUCUCUUGUUCGAUCUGUUUGGAUUUACUGAAGGAUCCGGUAACUAUUCCUUGUGGACACAGCUACUGUAUGAACUGCAUUAAAGACUUCUGGGAUGGAGAAGAUCAGAGGGGAAUCUACAACUGUCCUCAGUGCAGGAAAACCUUCAGGCAAAGGCCUGUCCUAAAAAAAAACAUCAUGUUAGCCGAGUUAGUGGAAGAUUUGAAGAAGACUGGACUCCAAGCUGCUCCAGCUGAUCACUGCUAUGCUGGACCUGAAGAUCCUCAUUAUGACAUCCCUGGACUAAAGAAACACAAGCUGGUGAAUCCCUCUAAGAAUCUCCAGGAGAACAUCUGCUCUCGUCAUGAUGAGGUGAUGAAGAUCUUCUGUCGUACUGAUCAGCAGUGUAUCUGUUAUCUCUGCACUAUGGAGGAACAUAAAGGCCAUGAAACAGUCCCAGCUGCAGCAGAAAGAGCUGAGAAGCAGAAGAAGCUCCAGGAGAGUCGACAACAAAUCCAUCAGAGAAUCCAGGACCAAGAGAAAGAYGUGAAGCUGCUUCAACAGGAGGUGGAGGHCAUCAAUGUCUCUGCUGAUAAAGCAGUGGAGGACAGUGAGGAGAUCUUCACUGAGCUGAUCCGUCUCCUCCAGGAAAGAAGCUCUGAKGUGAAGCAKCAGAUCAGAUCCCAGCAGGAAACUGAAGUGAGUCGAGUCAAAGAUSUUCAGGAGAAGCUGGAGCAGGAGAUCAGUGAGCUGAAGAGGAAAGACGCUGAGCUGGAGCAGCUCUCACACACAGAGGAUCACAACCAGUUUCUCCUCAACUACCCCUCACUGCCAGCACUCAGGGAGUCGACACACUCAUCCAGCAUCAACAUCCGUCCUCUGAGAUACUUUGAGGACGUGACAGCAGCUGUGUCAGAGCUCAGAGACAAACUACAGGACGUCCUGAGAGACACAUGGACAAACAUCUCAGUUGCAAUCACUAAAGUGGAUGUUCUACUGAGCAAACCAGAACCAAAGAGCAGAGCUGGAUUCCUUAAAUAUUCACAAGAAAUCACUCUGGAUAGAAACACGGCAAACAGAUUUCUGUUAUUAUCUGAGGACAACAGAAAAGUAACGAGGGUAGAAGAACAACAGUCUUAUCCUCAUCAUCCAGACAGAUUUGCUGUUUCUUUUCAUGUCCUCAGUAGAGAGAGUCUGACUGGACGAUGUUACUGGGAGGUGGAGUUGGGAGGAAGAGUAUGUGUAGCAGUUUCUUACAAGAACUUCAGCAGAAAGGAAGGAUUUGGAUUAAACGACAUAUCUUGGUCAUUAUUUUGUACCAAAAACAGUUGCGUACUUUUUCAUAACAACAUUAAAACUCCAGUACCAGGUCCAGUUUCCUCCAGAAUAGGAGUGUACCUGGAUCAUAUAGAAGGUAUUCUGUGUUUCUACAGCGUCUCUGAAACCAUGACUCUGAUCCACAGAGUCCAGACCUCAUUCACUCAGCCUCUGUAUGCUGGGAUCUGGCUUUAUGGUAAUAAAUCCUCAGCUGAGUUUGUUAAACUUAAAUAG